CCACAAACGGUGAUCGUAAGGAAUAACAUAUGUCCCAGUACCAUCUACCACGUGGAUAAUAUUUCCCGGGGUUUUCUUUUCUUCUGAAUCACCGGCGGUCGGCAAGUAAGCACAGUUUCUUGACGCCAUUGAAAACACAAAGUAUGAUGGUGUUGUUGAAGAAGCAAGUAAUAGGUAAAAUGUAUUCAGUGUGCAGGCCACAUCUGCAGCAGACACAUAUGUAGCAGAUAGGUGGACCAAACCUCUACAGUCAACUCGGACGCCGUUUAUUGUUCCAUAUUCAACAUAUAAAGUUCAAAAAAGGUUGAAGAAAAGGCCCGUUCUUCGCAACAAUAGGAUAUGUGAACCAACAUCUUGAGCGAAGACAAAGUGCAGGUGCGACACCUACAUAUAUAUAUAUAUAUAUAUCAACGCUGUCUGUUCAACGAUUACAACAACCAUUGGUUAAAAAAUAAUGGCAUCUAAAGAUCAAGACCUAGUGAAACACGGCACAAACUUGCCUAAUUAUCUUUAUCAGUACGAGGGGAAAACUGGAAAUACACUAGAAAAAAUGUAUAAUUUUGGAGUUCUUGAUUGGAGUCGUGUAGAAAACUGGAAGUCAAACACAAAAGUCAUCACGAAAACAAAUAAUCAACCACUGGAAAACAAGUCGGGUAAAUUAUCUUACGACAACCUCCCUCGGUCAGAUCAACAAGCAUCAAAAGGUUCACUGCUCAAUUCAUCUCUCAGUAGGAAGUUUAACUCCAGCCUCGAGAAAAUUUCAAAAAGCUUCAUCUUCAAAACCAGCUCAACAUAUAAGCAUUUGAAGUCCGGGUUAAUAACUUAUAAAAUUUCAAAAGAUUUGCACAGUUUUAACUUGAAGAAGGAAAAUGGAAGUAUAGUUUCUUCUACGGUUCAUAAAGCGGAACAGAAUUCGUCUAAUGUGAAGGCGCUUCUAAAGCUUACGAUGAAGAAUGGAAUCCCGUCGUUUGAAACUGUGGAAGGUAACAGCAGCAACAGUUUAACUGCUGUUGUAAACAAGCUACCAUCUGGAAAGGAUGAUACAAGCUUAACUUACACGUUCUAUUCGGUUCAUGAUAUCGGUAAAAUGAACCAAGUUUGGAAGAAACAGGAUUACAACAUUGUGGGAAAUAUGAAGAUUUGUAGUUCAUAUCAUGCUGAAUUUAGUGGGCUAGAAAGGGAUUUGUUUGUGGUGAGAGAAUCCGUUUUGUACGGUCCAGAUUGCUCGAAAGUUGUGGAACUUGCGGCUAUUAUUGCUAAGAACACGAGUAAGGAAAACUUUGGAGGUUUAGGGAGCUCAAAAAGCACGGUGGUUAUUCUUCCUGGUGGUAAUCAUAGUUUACCGAACAGUGGUCAACCGUCUCCGUUGAUUGACAGGUGGCGGUCUGGUGGGAUAUGUGAUUGUGGCGGUUGGGACAUCGGUUGUGAGUUGACGGUUCUUACCAAUCAGAAUGAAACGACUGAAGUUUCAAAUCCAUCUUCCUCAAAUCGUAUCGAUCUUUGUUACCAGGGGAGGCACAACAAGGAACAUGCUUUUAGGUUGGCUCCACUUGAGAAUGGAUUUUACUCACUUGAAUACAAUGCAUCAUCAAUGUCUUUCUUACAAGCAUUCUCCAUUUGUGUUGCAGUUAUAAGUAGCCAAAGUUUAACUCACAUUUUCCAAGUUAAUCGUCUUCAAGAUGCUAAUGACUUCAUUAAACCCUUAAUGACAAGGCAUCGAAAAGUCAAAAGUCAAACCUUUGUACAUCCACCCAUCACGAGUGUAUAGUAUUGUAUUUUCUUUUACGACGUUUGGUCAACCAUUGUACAUCCCACCUAAUAGUACUAGGUACAGGCAAUGUAUGGAAUCGUUAAGUUGUCUUAUAAGACCUAUCACUAGGUUUUAGCGAGCUAUAGUAAGGUCUAAAGUCUAAACCAUAAACGCUCAAAAUUCAGCGGAACAGAAAGGUGGAAAAUUGUAAAAAAAAAAAAAAAAAAGGUUAUUUAAGAUCACAAAUUUGUUUGUGAAGUAUAUUAUAUUUCUCUCUCGUGUCAAAAGAUAUAAGUUUAAGGGUAAAUUAUAAU